AUGUGUUUGAGGGGGGUAGCGGCGGCAAAUUUACUUCUCAACAAAGACGUCUCCCGUCAAGGAGAGGAGUGUGCCCGAGAUAUGAAGCUCUUUGAAGACCACAAUUUCCUAGUGACGGUAGUGUUCGACGGUCGGCCGCCUCCGGUCAAGAGUGGGACAUCUCAACACCGACGAGAAAGGAGGAAGAAGAGUGCACAACAGGCGCGCGCCCUACACGACGCCGGUGGCUGUCCCGUGGAGAUCAACAAGUUGGCCAGCGCUGCUUGUGCUUUCAACGGUCGAGUUACCGCUGAGAUCGCAACGCGCUCGAGAGCCCUUAUCAGGGGGGAGGUUUACAUCGCCCCAGGCGAAGCGGAUCCACAGCUUGUAGUUUUCCAGGACAUCCAUCUCGCAACAGGGGCGAACGUGUACGUGUAUGCCAAUGACUCCGACUUAACAGUUCUUGGGGUACGGGAUCUUUUGGUGGAAGUGGUCAAGAACGCAACGACUUCGCGAAAUUCAAAAAUGUCGGACCAGUUACUGCCUGCAAGGCUAGCUUUCGUUGACACCGAAAGCGGUGUCUGGGCGGCAUCUUUGCAACCAUUCGAUGCGGUUGUGGGAGACCUGGCCUCAAGGCUGCUGGUGGAGUCCAGGGAGGAGGACACGCCUGCUGCGCGGCGUGAGUUUGAGAUCCGACUGCGCGCCUGCCACACCAUGGUUACACAGCCCGUGGUGUGGGACCCGCUGAGCGGCGAACUCCAACAUUUGUCCGGCGCGCCGACCAGGGAGGAAAUAACCCGCCAUACAGGGACGUUGGAGCUAUCCCCGCUGGCGUCCCGUGUGGCCCGGGGAGAUGUCUGUCCGCUGACCGGGCGCGAAUGGGACCCACCGCUGGGUACAGCACAAGCGAAGGGGCAGGCGGUAGGCGAGGAUGCUGGCAGGCAGAAGAAAAGGGCAACACCCGAGACGGCUAGCACUCGCCCCCCAAAUGCUAGCAGCAGGGCGUCUCGCGCUCGAGGUCCUCAAGACACAAACAACUACCGCGAGCACGGCUUCAGCAGACUCCCGGGGGAGACUGAAGAUUACACCAAGUGGACCGUGCCUAAGCUUCGCGAGUUUCUAAGCGUUUUUAGGUGUCUCGACACCGCCGGGACCAGUGGGUUCAAAAAAGCACUCCUUGCUCAGAUGGCUGGGGAUGUCGUCAGGCUGAUUAGGAGCUGCGGUGUGUUGGACACCAACUUGGCGUUUCGCCAUCCCGUUCCGGACCUCAGCUCUUUUGAGGAAAAGGAGGCCAGGCUAAUGCCGGAUCUUCCUGCGACAGGGCUGCGCAUAAAGGAGUGGUCCGCUAUGCGGCGGUAUCUCCCCGAGAUAUCGAAAGCCGUCAUCUCACGGUUCUUGGGAGAAGUGAACAAACUCGCCGGCGAGGGCUCGCGGCUCUGGUAUAGAUCGCUGCAGCGGGUGUUGGACAUGGGGAACCUCAGCAGGUUCUGGGCCGUUCCGGCAGCGGGGGGCAUUAUGUGGAUUGGGACUAGCGCGGGCGCCUCCUUCUCGGCCGACAAGGAGUACCGCGUCCGCAUCAAACUACGAGUGGAAGGAGUGGAUGAGAACGCACCCCCGACGGAGCAAGAGGAGAAGGAGGGGGAGGAAGAGGAGGAGGUCGUGGGCAAUGACCCGCGGUCGGCGCAAACCCUGGUAGCCCUGGAGGUCAUCGCGGCUCUCUGCGAAUGUCCUGCAGGCAUUAAGGGGGGGUGCUCCCACGCCGCUAUGGCGCUGUUUUUAGGUAGACUGCUCCAGAUGUCUGAAGAACAGCUAGCCACGUUCAAUCCUACCACGUGUACGGGAAUGGCAUGCCGCUGGAUAAUGCAGCAUGGCAAGGGUUCUUGA